CCAGUUGCGUCCUCAGCGGCACAGAACCGGAGCCAUGCCGUCCGCUACACUCAGCGCAUUGCUCCUGUGGCUAACAGCAUGUGUUGUUAGCGCAGAGAUCUUCCGUAACGCCGGGUUUGAGUCGCCGCUGGGCCCGGAGAACUGGUCCUGUAGCGGCUGUAACGGACUGCGGGAUGGAGACGACAAGGUGGAGGGGACGUACAGUAUGCUGGUGUCGGAAAGGGUGGCAGAUUGGGCGGGUCCAUCUCAGGUCCUGGAGUGGGGGUCAGCUGUGAAGGAUGGACGUAGCUACGCUUUCCGCAUCUUUGUUAAACUUCUGGAUGGCGGUACUACACCCUACCAGGUUAAAGCUACCAUGAACAUGAAGAUGAAAGACGGUAGUGAAGUCCACCUGAUGAUGUUCAGUACCAACAUGACCGCUCAGGACGGCUGGAGGAGGAUGUAUGGAGACAUCACCGUGCCAGACACCUACGGUGGUUCAGUGAGCAGGGUUUGGAUGCACGUGGCGGGGGCACCGGCCGCUGUCCGCUUCCUGGUGGACGGCGCUUCGCUGGAGGAGCUGUCCAUGAGAGAGAGCUGGAGGGCUGAGGCGGACGCACGGAUAGAACAGAUCCGCAAGAGGGACGUCAUUCUCAGGGUGAACACUGACAGUCCAGAAAGUAUUGAAGUUGAGGUAGCCCAAACCAAGUCUCACUUUGCUUUCGGCUCUGCCGUGAACGCCACAGCGCUGGAGACCAGCGGCCAUUACAGGGACUUCUUCUUCAACAACUUCGAGUGGGCCGUCAUAGAGAAUGGUCUGAAAUGGCAGCAGACUGAUCCGUACCCGUUUGUGUUUCAUAGUUGGCCUGACACUGCCAUCAAAAUGUUGGAGAGUCAGGGCGUACCUAUACGUGGUCACUGUAUUUUCUGGGCGAAGCCCGAACACGUGCCAAAGUGGCUAGGUUGGGUAGACUGGAUCUGGGAUGGCGUCGUUACACACAUGUGCCGGCAAAGGGUUGACGACGUCGUGGGCCGUUAUGCUGAAAGGUAA